AUGGCCAAGCGAACUGCUACUCCUUCUGAACAGUCUGGACUGAUCCCGGAGUCUUCAUCCUCUGCUGUCACCGCCUCCUCUGUCUCCUUCUCCGCCUCCGAUUCUAAUUCCUACCGUCUCGCUCCGGGAGCUUCUCUCGAGACUUCUCCACCUUCUUCUUCUCAUAGGAUCACCCGCUCAGCUGCACGGCUCGCGGCAGACUCACCCUCAUCGACCUCUCGUCCUGCAUCCUCUUCCACCGUUUCGCCUCCCCAACCCCCACCACCACCCCCACAGGCCCGGAAACGAAAAGUCUCGACUACCACGCGGCCCUCGAGACCCUCAAGCGAUCAGGCGCAGCUUCCCCCAGCGUCCCCACCCCGGCGAGCUAAAAGAGUGAAACUGACGGGCUCAUCAUCUUCUGACCUUUCAGCCUCUGUGUCUCAAAGACGGGUUGGUUCCAGACAACAACCACCGGCAAUGUCCCAGCCUAGCCCCCCUACUCGUCCCUCGGAUGAUAGUUCAAAAACCCCUGCCUCAUCAUCCGCUGCUCCUAGACAGCGGCCCAGUAGGAAUAAGAAUCCAUCACAAGAUGCUCCUUCCACCCAAACUUCCCCUUCACGUCGCCAAAGAAAACAUCGCCUUUCCAAACGCGAAUCAGAUGUUACGAUGAAGGAACCUGAAGAAAAUCAGCAAGAGGAGGAGACGCCCGAAGCGAAAGAGACGGAAGCAUCCACUUCGGGUGAUUCGAAUGAGGGUCCACAUCCAUCUGGUAUGACCGAUGAGGAGGAUGGGGACCCUUUCCGUAAUGGUCUAUUCGGCACCCGGAGCCCCAUGGGCCUACAGAAUACUCUACGAGCUCUCAGUGGCAUGAUGAGUGGGACAUCCUCUCGACUACGUGAUAUCCUCAAUAACCUACGAAACACGGAAGAUCCGUCGAUCCAACUUAUUGCUUUGCAGGAGCUUUCAGAUCUGUUGCUGGUUUCCAAUGAAGAUAACCUAGCGGGGCAAUUUUCUCCUGACCCUUUCGUUAAGGAGCUCGUGAGGCUCAUGCAACCCAGCGAGACAGGGGAGGAAAAUCCUGAGAUUAUGCUUCUUGCAUGUCGUAGCUUGGCCAACAUGAUGGAAGCCCUUCGGGGAUCUGUUGCAAACGUUGUUUAUGGUGGUGCAGUACCUGUUCUUUGUCAGAAGUUGCUGGAUAUACAGUUCAUAGACCUUGCUGAACAAGCUCUGAGUACACUUGCCAAGAUCUCCGUUGAUUUCCCUUCGUCGAUUGUUCGUGAAGGAGGCCUCACGGCGUGUCUCUCCUACUUAGACUUCUUCCCCACCAGCACCCAGCGUACGGCUGUAAUAACAGCUGCAAAUUGUUGCCGCAACCUACCUCAUGAUUCGUUCCCUGUUAUCCGGGAUGUCAUGCCAACGUUGCUCAACGUCCUUUCCAGCAAUGACCAAAAGGUCGUAGAACAGGGAUGCCUAUGCGUUUCUCGGGUGGUUGAAAGUUUCAAAUACAAACCAGAAAAGUUGGAGCAAUUGAUUAAACCCGACAUGUUGAGGGCGAUCCUUCGGUUGCUUUUACCUGGCACUACAAAUUUGAUCGGUCCCCAUAUUCACACCCAGUUCCUCCGCGUACUUGCCAUCACCGCCAAAUCAAGUCCGCGCCUGUCUGUCGAGCUCCUUAAGAUGAAUGUGGUGGAUACACUAUAUCAAAUUUUGACCGGGGUCUCUCCCCCCUCUGAGGCAGGUAGCUCAAUCAAAAUAGAUAGUGUGCACAUCAUGCAAGCUCUGAUCCAUCGCCCGCGAGAGCAGGUAUUUGAAACUUUGAAUGUUAUUUGCGAGCUUCUUCCUGGAGUUCCAAAUGAAUCCCUAGUUGUUUCCGACUAUAAUAUAACAGCCAACUUUGAGAGCGAUAUCUUUCCAGUUUCCAGGACGCCCCGAACAAAGGCAUUGGCAGAGCAAAGAGUUAAGCGUCUCAAAGGGUGUAAAACGGAGAUCAAACGUUUUGCUACAAUCUUGCUGCCAACACUGACUGAUGCUUACUCCAGUACAGUUAACUUGUCCGUUAGGCAAAAGGUGCUUGUGGCGCAGCUAAAGAUGCUACAGAAUCUAGAUGCUCAAAUUAUCGAAGACGCCCUACGCACUGUGCCCUAUGCCUCAUUUUUGGCUGCCAUUUUGUCACAAAAGGACCACAUGUCUCUUGUUGCGUUGGCUCUACAGUGUGCAGAGCUCCUCUUUGAACGCCUCGAGGACAUUUAUCAGUACCAAUUUCAUCGCGAGGGGGUAAUCACAGAAAUAACAAAGCUUGCCGAAACUCCGUUGUCUGCUGAACCUAAAGAUUCUAAGCGUGAAGUUGACCUUGAAAAUGGACGUUCCUCCGAGAAGGGUGACGAGAAUUCUGAAGAUGAGGAGGAAAAGGAUCACGUGAUGAAUCAUGACGAGGACAGCCAGGAGGAUGAAGAUGACGAAGACGAUGAGGAUAAUGAUGAGGACAACGAUGACAUGUCCGAAUCAGAGAGCUCUUCAUCCGUAUCGGGUGGGCCCAUGUCUCGAAAUGCGGACUCGGCGCUUCAGGAUUUUGUGACUUGCAGCGCCAAGAAAUUUCUCCGUAUCUACGAUGGUAGUAAGGGCAAAGGCAUGCAUGAUCAAGCGCUGGCAAUUCUUCAGUCGCUGCAGGCACUCGUGGGGGAGAUUGAAGCUUGUUAUAACAACGUGAAACCCAUCGAUGGUUAUGUGCUUUUCCAAAAACUGGCGGCCUACUUCGACGGUGAUGCGCUUGAGAGUAUUACAAGCUCUGAAUUGCUUAGCUCGGGGAUCAUUCAAGUUUUGCUAGACGUGAUUAGCAAGAAGGAUCAAGUACCCGGAAAGGAUGCCAGAACAGAUUUUCUCCGAGCUUUUAUGGAAUCGGACAUCUCAACGGAGACCGUCAGCAAAGUUGGCUCGCCCACUACUCCUUUCAGUGUUUUGAUUCAUAAACUCCAUGACCUGCUGAGCCGAACGGAACAUUACGAAGUAAUCACUGUUAAUCACAGCUCUCUGGAUAACAGGAACGCCACAUCCAUGCUCUCAAAGCAACUGCGACUCCGCCUAAUUGCUGACGAGGAAUCCGAUAUCCCCAAACCGUACAAAAAUAUGAUGGUAUCGAUCCACGCAAUCGCCAACUUUAAGGCUCUUGAUGACUAUCUUCGUCCUCGAAUCAGCUUAUCCGAACGUCCCAGAGGCUCGCGGAAUCGUGAUACUAUAUUUUCCCAGUUGUCUGGCUCCUCUAGAUCUCGAGAUGCUGCAGGAAGUGGAACUGAGACAGCGCUCUCUGGAGGGCUUGAGCAGCCUAACUUACCUCCCCCUCCUCCACAGCAGGCCACUUCGUCCCGAAGUACACGAGUUCCAGAGAGAUCUAAACCUCAACGUUCGUCAUCCACGCGGACGCCAACAUCUGGAGGUUCUGAUGAGCGUUCUCUCCGAACGAGAUACCCGAAUCGACAUCAACCACCACCUCCCGAUGACGAAACAGAUGGUACUGAUGAGCCUCUAGAAUGCGCUGAUGAGAGGCAGCUGACCGAUGACGAGGAAGGGGAAGAAGAGGAUGAUGCGUUGGAUGCCAUUGUUGAUGACCUUGAAGACGAUCUCUCUGAUGAGGAAGUUGCAGAUCCGACGGCAGUUAACUUGGAAGUUGCUGCAACAGGGAAAGUAACUGCUCGUAAAGAAGACGGAACGAGAGUUUCAACACCUCAGCAGUCAAACCAAACAGGAAGACCGUCAUCAUCUGCUCCAACUUCUGGCCAAUCUCUAGGCGGAUCUUUGGCCUUUGCUGGUCGACCAUUCUCAUACGCCGCGGCAAUUGCCUCCAUUCCACAGGACUGGCAUAUCGAGUUCCGUGUCGAUGACAAACCAAUCUCCCAUGAGACAACGGUGUAUCGCGCAAUCCACCAUAAUAGAGAACAUCUGAGCGAUUGCCAUGCGCGUAAUGUGUGGUCCAUGGUUCACACAAUCAAGUACAAACGCGUCCAGGGGCCACCGCCACCAGAACCAUCCACACUGACCCCGAACUCUAGCAAUUUGUCGUUGGAGACGGAUUCCAGUGGUAUGCCAGAGUCCCUGAGUAAGAAUCCGACAACGGCAUCUAUCCUCAAGCUACUCGGACUUCUGCAUGGAAUGAACGCCCAGCUCGAUGACAUCCUGGCAGAGAGCAACCAUCAGAUUAGAGUUGUCAAAGAACCUCUGGCACAAUUCCUUAAUACAAAGCUAACCGCCAAGCUCAACCGACAACUCGAAGAACCAUUGAUUGUGGCUAGCAGCUGCCUCCCAAGCUGGAGCGAGGAUCUUGCGCGCCAUUUCCCAUUCCUCUUCCCCUUCGAAACUCGACACCUCUUCCUACAAUCGACGUCCUUCGGCUAUGCGCGGUCUAUGAUGCGAUGGCAAGGGUCGCAGUCUGAUGAAAACCGACGAGAUCAGAGACGUGAUGAUCGCCCGUACGCGGGACGUCUACAGCGGCAGAAAGUGCGCAUCUCGCGGUCUCGCAUCUUAGAUUCUGCCAUGAAGGUCAUGGAGUUGUACGGUUCGUCGCCCAGCGUUCUUGAAGUUGAAUACUUUGAGGAAGUCGGUACAGGUCUUGGUCCGACGUUGGAGUUCUACUCAACCGUUUCAAAAGAAUUUUCCAAGAAGAAGCUCAAGCUAUGGCGAGAACAUGAUUCGAACGACAAGAACGAUUAUGUCUUCCACAAACUGGGUCUGUUCCCUGCUCCCAUGAGUCGUGAACAGGCUUCGUCGGAAGCGGGCAAGAAGCAGCUUCAAUACUUCAAGGGCCUUGGCAAAUUCGUCGCUCGAUCUAUGUUGGACUCAAGAAUUAUCGAUAUCGCCUUCAACCCCAUCUUUUUCCGCAUUGGUGGUGCCACCUCAUCAACAGUGACUCCGACUAUCGCAACCGUCAAGGCUGUGGAUCCCGAACUUGCCAAUUCCCUGACUCUCGUGAAACGGUUCGUGACCGCACAGGCCAGCAUAAAUGCCGAUGAUUCUCUCAGCGCCGAAGAAAAAGCCCGCGCGCUGGAUGAGCUUACCGUCGAUGGUGUCCGGGUCGAGGAUCUGGGCUUAGACUUCACGUUGCCGGGACACCCUUCGAUUCAGAUGAUUCCGCAUGGCUCUUCCAUUGCUGUGACGAUGGAUAAUGUUGGGUCCUAUGUCAGCAAAGUCAUCGAUAUGACUCUGGGUAGUGGCGUGCAGGCGCAGCUCGAUGCGUUCCGUGCUGGGUUCUCACAAGUGUUCCCGUAUUCUUCACUGCAGUCGUUUACGCCUGAUGAGCUUGUGAUGUUAUUCGGGCAGGUUGAGGAGGAUUGGUCGAUUGAGACAUUGAUGGACUCGAUGAAAGCGGACCACGGCUUUAACAUGGACAGCAAAAGCGUGCGCAAUUUGCUACAGGUUAUGAGCGAAUUUACCAAACAAGAGCGUCGCGACUUUUUGCAGUUCGUAACCGGCAGCCCCAAGCUUCCCAUUGGAGGCUUCAAAAGUCUUACUCCAAUGUUCACCGUCGUCUGCCGCCCCAGCGACCCUCCGUAUCUACCGGACGACUAUCUCCCCAGCGUAAUGACAUGCGUCAACUACCUCAAGUUACCCGAUUAUACCAACAUCGAUAUCCUCCGUGAACGGCUCAAUGUUGCCAUGCAUGAGGGACAGGGGGCGUUCCAUCUGUCUUAG